AUGUCGGAUAAUCUGACACACAUGUCAUCGACCAAGAACAUCAGACCGUCUAUUAUAACUGCCAAACAGGACGCCAAGUCUACCAAGCAUACGUCUCUACCUUGCUUCAAUGGUCUACUGCUGACUAUCAUUACUAGGUAUCUGACAGGUAUCGGCUCACAGUUUGAGAACUUGGCUCCGAACAGCAAGUACCUACAGUCCUUAGAGAUUCUAGAGUCGAGCCAGACAAGUAUCGUCGAGGCAAAAUUGAAAGUCGAACCCGGUAAAUUCAGCAGCUUGAAGCAAUAUGAAGGGGAGUCUAAGGAUAAUAAUCAGAAAGUCGAUCUAGGUUGUCUUCUUUCAGACGCUCCGUGGGUGCCUGAGAACUGCAGAGCAGAGAUAUCUGUUAAGGAGUUCGUCGCUCAGGAUGCUUAUAGCGGUCGGCGAAAUGGGUUGGGCAAGCAAAGGACAUCUUCCACCCUAGCGGGUUUCGCCGCCUUUUUCCGAUACAGAGAUGCGGAGCGGCAUAAAGUCUAUCUCGCUGCGUUACAAGAUUGGUGUUAUAACAAGUUCUACGGCAAGCAAAGCAUAUCGCCGUAUGAUUUUGGUCGCCUCGGUCUUGCUGAUGAGAUCCUUGAUCUGGACAUUGACGAGAUAAGGACGCUCGCUAAAGCUCCCACAAUGCAGACUCUAAACGGCAAUUUGCUGGUGCGCUGGGUCUGCACUGUCUUCACUGAUCACCUGUUUACGCAUAGCAUCCUGCCAUUUUACGAUCAGACCUGUCCUCGCCAUUCGUUCUGCAAAUGCUGCCGCGUGUCAAUCACCUUGCACGGCCUAAACCAAAUGGCGAAGACCAUUCCUGAGGUUUUUAACGGGCAGGCGCCAUUUCGCAGUUCUUACGACUAUGGAGGCAGAGCUGCAAGGCAAUCAAAGAGCAGGCGGACCAAGGUCAUGUUCCCAACGCAUAGAGAACAAAAUAGUCUCCUAGUUGAUGGUCCAAAAGCAGGCGGUAAAAUCUCAGGAUCUGGGAUCUGUUUCUCUCCUGCGGCCCCCAAGAUGAUGAUUUCUAGCCUUUCCCACGCAUCACCUCGAUGUCUGGAAGAAUUAGUUGCCAAUUCUCUGCGAUGCUUGACCUUUCUCCAGCCUCAAUACUCGCCGCUCGUUACCUGUGAGACCCCUGCGAGUGGAAGCAGCUCACCGCCACCAAAUUUCUUGGCCAUUUUGUUCUGUCUUCCGCGUAUCUGCCAUUCUGCAGCUGAGGUUGUUGCUGUAAAGCAGCAUGUUCUCGAAGGUGGCAGCUCUGCGGACCGAGAGCGAGAGGCGAAAGCCAAGCCCACUCGUCCAGUCCCGCAAAAGCGCAGUUCAAUGCGGAGUAACUACACCAAAACGCACGGCGAACCACCAAAACGCACUCGGAUCUACUUAAAACCGCACCCAAUUCCAUCAAAAAGCGCAGUCCAAUGCUUGCUUGAAGCGCGAAGGGCAAAAGAUCUUGCUAAGAAACCAAACUGGACGUUUUUUUUUCGGAACACUAAGCUUAUCUGGAUCUACUCCUCGCUUAUUCGCUAA